CAUCAUCGUGAUAUUUGAGGUUCCCGUGAUUUUGUCUCUGCUUUUGUCUUUGCUGAAACCCUUGAACUGGGUACUAGAAUGGAGCUCGAUUCGAGCACGAAAGUAAGUCCGGUGAGUGCUGAAGAGGUGAUGAAGGAGAGCACCCCUUCGAGAGUCGAGGUUGAUACCUCGGCACCAUUCGAGUCGGUGAAGGAGGCCGUUAGUAGAUUUGGUGGACUGGGUUACUGGAAACCCUCGCAACAAAAGUUCGAAGCCGAGCAUGAAAUGGUGGAAGUCAAUAUUGAAAAAUUAGAGCAGCAAGCAGCAGAGGUGGAGAAAGAUCUUAUUGUCAAGGAAAGGGAAACACUUGAUGUUUUAAAAGAGCUUGAAUCAACCAAAAGCAUGGUAGAAGAACUAAAACUAAAGCUGCAUAAGGAAACAUCCGAAGUCAGUUCGGCUCAUGAGGUAAAGAUACAAGACAAGAAUGAGACAUCUGUGGUGAAAGAAGGGGCAAACCUGGAAGGUUGUCAUGCGAAUUCUGUGGGUGGUUUGAGCACCUUCCCAGCUCCAGGUCUAAUCUUAAUGGAACUGAAGCAGGCUAAGUUCAAUCUUUCCAGGACAACGAACGAUCUUACUGACAUUCGAGCUUCUGUUGAUUUGUUAAACAAGAAAUUGGAGAAGGAAAGACUUUCUCUUGAGAAGACCCGUGAGAGGUUAACUCAAAAUUCCUCAAAGAUAUCAUCUCUUGAAGAAGAGCUAAACCAAACCAAACUGAAGAUGCAAGUAGCAAAAGAUGCUGAAAAGAAGGGCAGUUCUGAUAAUCCUAUAGAAAUUUCAAAAGAGCUUCAACGGCUGAGUUCUGAGGCUGAGCAAUUCAAAAAGAUGGGAGAAGUGGCAAGGUCAGAAGUUUCAAGAGCAAUUUCUGAGAUUGAACAGACAAAGAGUAAGAUAAAAACAGCUGAGAUGAGGUUGGUUGCAGCCAGAAAAAUGAAGGAAGCGGCUAGAGCAGCUGAAGCAGUGGCUCUUGCUGAGAUCAAGGCUCUUCAAAGCACAGAGAGCUCAACUGGAUUUCCUCAGAAGAAACCUCAAGGGGUGACUCUUUCAUUUGAAGAGUACUCUUCUUUAACAAGCAAGGCUCGAGAGGCUGAGGACCUCUCUAAGAAGAAGGUGAUUGAAGCUAUGCAUCAAGUUGAUGAAGCAAAUGUUUCCAAGAUGGAAAUCCUAAAGGUGGAGGAAGCUACAGAAGAAGUUAAAACUAGUAAGAAGGCCUUAGAAGAAGCACUGAACCGAGUAGAGGCUGCAAACCAAGGCAAGCUGGCAGUUGAAGAGGCUCUUCGCAAAUGGAGAUCUGAGCAUGGUCAGAAGAGACGCUCAGUACAGAACUCUACCAAGUUCAAGAAUCCUUACCCAUCUCAUCACAGGAAAGAUCCCCGUGUCCUUGAUGUCAAUGGACUGAAUCUGGUUAAUGAAGGACCAACACCUGUUUUGAAGCCAACCCUAUCAAUAGGGCAAAUACUGAGCCGUAAGCUGCUUCUUCCAGAAGAAUUUGAGACAGAGAUGAUGGCGGAAAAGGGUACCAUGAUGAAGCAAAAGGUCUCAUUGGGCCAGAUGCUCAGUAAACAAAAUGGUGAUUUUACCUCUUCCCACAAGGUUGAGAAUGUUCAGAAACAAUUUUCUGGAAAGAGGAAGAAGUUCGGAUUUGCGAAGUUCUCACUGCUUUUGGCAAAACAAAGCAAGAAAAAGAAGAAACCUACUCCAAACUUGAAGUAAUGCAGUGAUCUCACAGAAGCACUAACUACUAAUUUCUUGUAUAAUUACUUAGUCCCCCUCCACGUUACUGGUGUGAAUUAGGUUCUGUCGAGAGUUUACUUUGACCCUUCUAUCCUUUGUCCUUCUGUCUUUUUCUUGAUAUUUUUAUGUGAAAUUCCACUGGUUGUUUCCAUAGACGUGAUCUAUGAUUGGAUCAUGUUCUGGAAUCUGGGUAUAAGCUAAUACUUGCAAAGUUUUAUCUUUAAUUUGAUUAUGGUGAUGCUGAUGACAUCUCAACCCAUGAUAAUUUUAGCUAUGAAAUGAAGAAGUUUGAAUAUU